AUGGGGCCUGAGACCCUCGACGUCGUGCUCGCCUGCACAGAUCACAAAGUUCUAGUGGAGAUCCGCCGAACUCCCCAGCCCUGCAGCGACGUCCCGGGAACUCCUGGCGCUGUCUCCUGGGGCUCUAUCAUUCUGCACGAGCUGGUGCAUCUAGACGCUAGUGAUACACUGGGCGUGGAGGUCGCCGAUCUGCUUACAGAGUAUACAGCAAGAGCUGUGCUCGCUGUGUUACCACAAGGAACGAAUGCUACCUCGGAGACGAAUGCGUACGAACAGAUGGCUGGUUUUGCCUGGGCCUUGGGCCUCGGGGCGCCGUGGUGGCAAGGCGGCACAGGCCUUCAUGACUUUUCCAAUAGCAACUUCGACGGCAUGUGGUAG